AUGAAUUUCUUUUGUAUAUCCUCGCUCUUGAAUGUUGUAACCAUAAGUGUGGACAGGUUCUUAGCUGUUCACCUUCAUCUCAGAUAUCAAGAGCUUGUGACUCACAAGCGCGUCAUUGCAGCGGUGGUUUUAAAAUGGCUGUUUAGCGCAGUUAUUUGUUCUGAUCUCUUUUGGGCUCCAUUGUUUAUCAUUUCUCAAGUCAUAAGGUUGUUGAUUAUGACUGUUUGCUUCAUUCUUAAAGCGACACAAAAACCAGAUUCAAGACCUUCAAAUCCAAGAAGCACAACAGGGAGUUCAAAAUGGCGACUUAUCAAACUUUUUGAAGCUUAGUAAGUCAGCUCUUGGAACAUUUUACGUAUGUAUUGUGUUUUUGCCUUGUUAUUUACCUUCUUAUAUUCUUUUGUUUUUGUUUCUGGCUCGUCCUUUAAGUUUAAUCACUUUACACGAAGCUUGGCACUAUAUAACGACUUUGGUUUUCCUCAACUCGUCUUUGAACCCUGUUAUAUACUGCUGGAAGAUGGGACCCAUUCGUCGCACUCGCAUGAACAUAAUGCGA